CUUCUAUAAUAAACAAAUCUUUUUUAUUGUAUUAAAAAUAAUAGUGAUAAGUAAUUUCUUGUUAGCUAAGUUAAAUGGAGAAGAAAAUUACAAUGUGUGUUAUUGCAGCUAUAUUUACGUUACUUGCAACAUUGAGCUUUACUACUACUAACGCAUCUGAUCCUGCUCCCCUUCAGGAUUUUUGUGUGGGUGUUGACGACCCUCAUUCUGGAGUGUUCGUGAAUGGGAAGUUUUGCAAGAACCCAAAGAGGGUGACAAUCAACGAUUUCUUGUACAAAGGUUUUAACAGGACUUCGGUUAUUGACAACCCUCAAGGAGCCGAAGCUACACUAGUAAACGUUGAUCGAUUUCCUGGACUUAACACACUCGGUGUAGCCAUAGCUCGUGUAGACUUUGCACCCUUUGGCUUAAACACCCCUCAUCUACACCCUCGUGCCUCACAAGCAUUCGUGGUCAUGAAGGGAACUCUCUACGCCGGUUUUGUGACCACCGAUUACAAGCUCUAUGACACUAUUAUGAAUGAGGGUGACUUGAUCGUGUUCCCUCAGAGUCUUAUCCACUUUCAACUCAAUCUUCGUAACACUACAGCUUUUGCUAUCGCGGCUUUUGGUAGCCAAAACCCGGGAAGAAUUAAUGUUGCUAAUGGUGUCUUUGGUACAACGCCAAAAAUUAUAGAUGAUGUUCUUACUAAGGCUUUUCAAGUGAAUAGAACAGUGAUUGACCAACUUCGGUCGCAAUUUUCGAGUAGUAAGCACGUAUCAAUCGACACCGCAAGAUCAAUGCUACUUGAGAUGUUAUCUCAAAUCUAAGUAAGCUAAGGUUUGAAAGAAUUAAGGAUUACUAUGUCACACUGCUGAUGAAUUUAUGUGAGUUGUACGAAGUAUGUGUAAUGGUUUGAAUAAACGACUACUAUGUCGUUAGGCUUUAAUUAAUUUAUGCAUGUUUCUUGUAUGUGAUUGUGUACGACUGUACGUUGCACUAUGUUUUAAAGGAUGGAAUAAAUAAAGGACUAUUACAAUAAUGUCAUUAUUGUCAUACAUGCAGUUUC